AUGUCUCGUGUAAAUCUAACUAGAACAAUUAGCACCAGAUGUCGUCUGAAAAUGUUUACUAAAAUGAGGGUGCUAGGAAGUCUAAUACAAAGAUGUUUCAACCAUACUUGUGUUUUCCAAUAUACUCAAGGGCAAACUCCUAAACCAGGAAUACGGGAAUAUUUCUAUUACAUCGAUCACCAAGGAAUGCUCUUCCUGGAUGAUGCUCGAAUUAAGAAUUUUACUUCGUGUUUCAAAGAGCUGAAGUUUCUAAAUUUUUUCUUUCAACGAUUGAAAAUUAAUGACACAGAAUGUUACCAGAAGGAAUUUCCCUAUCUAUCUCUAUGUGGAAGAGAAAGGAAUUAUAUUCGUUGUGACGACCUGCCAGUUGUUUUUACAGCACUUGAAGUUGUUAAAGAAAAGCUAGUUCUCCGUUGCAAUUUCACUAACAACCUAAUUGUUGACUUUCAACCCACCAAAUUGUUCAUGGGAUCUAGUGGUAGAAUUUACCAUCCUGGUCCAGACAAACUACAUGGUAUUGGUUUAAUCAAGUCAAGUCUUGCAAUUGAAUUGAGUCAUGGGUUUACAUUCGGAGAUAAUGGCCACCCAACUCAUUUUAGCAUGAAAAGUUUGUGUUACAAAUUGGAUAGCAGCUUGAAAAGAAAUAUGAUUGAUCUUGGAAGAUCAGUGUAACUAAUACCCAUCACCCAAUUGGUCCAUAAGUUGUGUUGUAUUGGGAAUUGAUAGUAAAAUCAAUUGUCUGAAAUAUUAAA